AUGGUCAACACCAAGGUCUUUUCUGUCGGCUUUGUGCUGAUCAAUGCUGCAUACGUAGCCGUCGCCAAAAGGAACAACAACCAUGAGACCUCCGUACCUACAGUACACGUCAAAAAUGGCACCUACACAGGUUACUACGCUCCAGCUUAUGGGACGGACAACUUCCUUGGGAUGCCAUACAGUCAACCUCCAGUAGGCGAUCUGCGAUUCCGCGUCCCACAGUCUCUCAACACUACCUGGUCUGGGUCCAAGAACGCUACCGAGUACAGUCCAGAAUGUAUUGGCUAUGGAAGAGAUACCUGGAGUCAAGGCAAUUACGUCAGUGAAGAUUGUCUGACAUUGAACGUUGUCAAGCCUGUCGGCUCAUGUCAGAACCUCCCGGUACUCGUAUGGAUCCAUGGAGGCGGUCUGGUGAUGGGUGGAAGUGGAGACCGUCGUUAUAAUCAGUCAUUCAUCGUUGAGCAGUCUAUGGAAGCAGGCAUGCCGAUCAUUGCCGUCAGUAUCAACUAUCGUCUGUCCUCAUGGGGUUUCCUCUAUGGACGCGAAAUUCAGGAGUCUGGUAACACCAUGAACGGAUUCAGAGACCAGCGUCUUGCUCUACGCUGGGUUCAGGAGAAUAUCGCUGCCUUUGGCGGUAAUCCGAACCAGGUCACUAUCCAAGGCGAAUCUUCCGGUGGCACCAGCGUCGGCGCGCAAAUACUCGCUUACAACGGUAGAGACGAUGGGCUCUUCCAUGGCGCGAUCGCAGAGUCUGGAGCUCCCGUCGGUGCUGGAGUUGACUUUGAUGUUGACGAUUGGGAGCCCAUCAUCGCAAACAUCAGCAAAGCCACUGGGUGUCAAGGCACUGACUCUGUGCUUGACUGUCUCCGCAAAAUCCCAGUCGACCAACUCAACGCCGUGAUCAACUCUACCGUCACAAGAGGUGCUCGCUACGGCCCUGUCGUUGAUGGAGAUUGGUUCACUCAGACUGCAACCAAAGCUUUGGCCAAUGGCGACUUCCUUAAAGUCCCAUACAUCAUCGGUGUCAAUGAGGCCGAGGGCGUUGGCUUUGGACCUCAGCGUAUUAACACAACCGAGGAGAUCUUUGACUAUCUUGUUGGAUCUGGCUAUGACAACUUGACUGCUCAUGAGAUUUCGAUUCUGUAUCCUGACAUUCCAGCGAUCGGUGUACCCAGCACGCUUCAUGGAAGACCAAAUGCCACUUUCGGACUCCAGUUCAAGCGCAGUUCGGCCAUCGCUCAAGACCUUAGCAUGAAUGCUGCCAGACGUCUGACGGCGCACUGGUGGGCUAGACACGGAGCCAAAUCGUAUACCUACAUCUUCAAUGCCCUGGUCAAUGGACUAUCCUACUUCGCAGGAGCAGUUCAUUUCCAAGAAGUUGCCUUUGUCUUUUACAACACGGAAGGUCUCGGCUACCCACAGAACGGCGGUCCCAAUCCUCUGGGAGGGUCCGAACGUGAAUCACUCGUCGUUCUUGCCAAGCAGAUGUGUCGAAUGUGGAUCAGCUUCGUCAACUACGGCGAUCCGAAUCAAAAUCUUGGUCGUGGGUGCCCCUCUCUGUUACAUGGAUGUCACCCAUACUGA